AUGGAACGUUUUUCUCUCCUUAUACUUAUAUUGUUCGUGCUACUCGAUCCAGUCAUCACUGAAGAAUUGGUGAAAACGGACACGCAGGAGAAAAGAUGCAAAGUCUAUCGUAUGCCGCCUGUUCAUCAUGUCAUGGAUCAAAUAUGUCUGCUUUGUCACGAGAUGUUCUCGCAUGAGGCUCCUAAUCUGCGUGCUCAAUGUCGGGCCAACUGCUUCCGAAACGACUGGUUCUCGUCGUGUAUCGCCAUGUUCAGCUCCAAAAACCGUCAGGACCGUGAGCAACCCCAGAUGACCGUCCGUUGA